GAAUGCUGGGAGAGGGACCGUGGCACAGUGAACGAGGGCCAGAGGUUGCCCAGCUCUGGGAAACAGAGGAAACAUUGGUAGCAGCUAAGAUCCAAAGGAAGCUGCAGCAGAGCAACGCCUGGGCUCCAUGGCUGAGAAGGCCUCCGGAGAGAGAGGGCUGUGGGCCGGGGCUGUGCCCCAGGACGCCUCGCUUCUGAAGGAGGCUCUCACCUGUCAUGUUGCCCAGCAGGGCCUCCAGGACAGUUUAUUCUCCUCGGAAAGUGACAACAGUCUGUACUUCACCUACAGUGGCCACUGCAACACCUUGGAGGUCCAAGACCUCAACUACCAGGUGGACAUGGCUUCCCAGGUGCCUUGGUUUGAGAAGCUGGCUCAGUUCAAGGUGCCUUGGACAUCUCACAAGGACUCUUGUAAGCUGGGCAUUCAGAACCUGAGCUUCAGAGUGAGGAGCGGGCAGAUGCUGGCCAUCAUCGGGAGCUCAGGCUGUGGGAGAGCUUCUGUGUUGGACGUGAUCACAGGUCGAGGCCAUGGCGGCAAGAUUAAGUCUGGCCAAAUCUGGAUUAACGGUCAGCCCAGCACGCCUCAGCUGGUGAGGAAGUGUGUGGCCCACGUGCGUCAGCAUGACCAGCUGCUCCCCAACCUAACCGUCCGUGAGACCCUGGCUUUUGUUGCCCAGCUGCGCCUGCCCAGAACCUUCUCCCAGGCCCAGCGUGACAAAAGGGUGGACGAUGUGAUUGCAGAGCUGCGGCUGCGGCAGUGUGCCAACACGCGAGUGGGCAACACGUACAUGCGGGGGGUGUCAGGGGGAGAGCGGAGGAGAGUCAGCAUUGGGGUGCAGCUCCUGUGGAACCCAGGAAUCCUCAUUCUGGAUGAACCCACCUCAGGGCUCGACAGCUUCACGGCCCACAACCUGGUGAGAACCCUGUCUAGACUGGCCAAGGGCAACAGGCUGGUGCUCAUCUCCCUCCACCAGCCUCGGUCGGACAUCUUCAGGCUGUUUGAUUUGGUCCUCCUGAUGACGUCCGGCACCACCGUCUACGCGGGGGCAGCCCAGCACAUGGUCCACUACUUCACAGCAGCCGGCCACCCCUGUCCCCGCUACAGCAACCCUGCCGACUUCUACGGUGAGCCAGCCAGGCCAGUGGCCCGGUGCACCAGGCUCCUCCCCCACCAAAUGCUGCCAGAGCCCAUGGACUUGACUAGCAUCGACAGGCGAAGCAGAGAGCAGGAAGUGGCCACCAGGGAGAAGGCUCAGUCCCUUGCAGCCUUGUUUCAAGAAAAAGUCCGUGACUUCGAUGACUUUCUGUGGAGAGCAGAGGCAAGGCAGCCGGGUGUGGGCGUUUGUGGAGCGAGGCAGGCCCUGCUGACCGACACCGGCCACGUCCCGACUUCCCCUGAGCUGCCUGGCCCUGUGCAGCAGUUCACCAUGCUGAUCCGUCGUCAGAUUUCCAACGACUUCCGAGACCUGCCAACUCUCCUCAUCCAUGGGGCACAGGCCUGCCUGAUGUCCCUGAUCAUCGGGUUCCUCUAUUAUGGCCACGGAGCCACCAAGCUCCCCGUCAUGGACAAGGCUGCUCUCUUGUUUAUGAUCGGAGGGCUUAUCCCUUUCAAUGUGAUCCUGGAUGUCAUUGCCAAAUGUCACUUGGAGAGGGCAAUGCUUUACUAUGAACUGGAAGACGGGCUGUACACUGCUGGACCCUAUUUCUUUGCCAAGAUCCUAGGGGAGCUUCCGGAGCACUGUGCCUACAUCGUCAUCUACGCGAUGCCCAUCUACUGGCUGGCCAACCUGCGCCCGGGCCCCGAGCCCCUCCUGCUCCACUCCCUGCUGGUGUGGCUGGUGGUCUUCUGCUGCAGGGUCAUGGCGCUGGUCACCGCCGCUCUGCUCCCCACCUUCCACAUGUCCUCAUUCUUCGGCAAUGCUCUCUACAACUCCUUCUACCUCACCGGGGGCUUCAUGAUAAGCCUGGACAGCCUGUGGACAGUGCCGGCAUGGAUUUCCAAAGUGUCCUUCCUCCGAUGGUGCUUUGAAGGGCUGAUGCAUAUCCAGUUUAAGGGGCUCACUUACCACAUGGCGGUCGGCAACCUCACCAUCCCUAUCCCUGGAGACGUAAUCCUCAGCUCCAUGGACCUGAACUCGUAUCCGCUCUACGCCAUCUACUUGAUCCUCGUCAGCAUCACGGGCGGCUUUAUGGCCCUGUACUAUGUGUCCUUAAGGUUCAUCAAACAGAAACCAAGGCAAGACUGGUGAUCCACACCCACACUCCUGCCCACUGGUGGGGGACUCGAGAAGACCCUUCAACUGCACUCCCUUCUUCCCAAAGGACCUCUUCCCGGGCACAAGGACAGUGAGAACACCGAGCUCAGCUACAUCCGGCCCACAGUGCUGCAGUGGCACAGGCCAGCCACAGGAUGGCAGUAGAAUAAAGACAGUGGAAAGGGAUUUCUGCUCACUGGCCAGAGCUUGCAAUCACUGGGAACGUGAAAACCAUGCUUGGGGACACCUACAAUGUUGCUAAUUUAUUUCCUUCUUCUAUAUAUUUAUAUAGGUAACUCAGUACAGGAUAGGAGCAAAUCAAGUAUGAAUUAAGUAGCUAGGCUAUGCAAGAAUUGGUAGGGUCCAGAGGGAAUAAUAUAAUAGCUAGUGAAAUGUUUGGCCUCAUCUUCCCGGGUCCCUAACUCUGUGUUAAACCACUCUCAACACAAAAAAUGACCUAAAAUAUACCAGUGAGAUGCCAUCACUUGGUGUGGAGGAAUGGGUUCCAAAAUCCAAACUGAACAAUUAAAAAUUUAUUGAGCAUCUACUGUAUGCCAGGUACAGCUCAAAACACUUAAUUCAAAU